AACCACUCAAACUUGAUUAAUAAUUCCUAUCUAUUAUUUCUAUAGGUAUAACAACAAAGCUCGAAAACAAUGACCACUGUCCGUAUUGUAAUCAGGAAAACAUCAGCUCUGAUCAACUUAUACCCAAUAAGACAUUAGUAAGAGCGAUCGAAAUAUUUAAAGGCGGAAAUUCUACUAAGCGCGAAGAAAACAUGGAUGUUGAUAAGCCUCAACACCAGCAAAGUCAACCAAGCGACUCGAUUGAAACUGCAACUGAGGAGCCCAAGGAAACAACAACGGACUCAGAUAUGAAUGCAAAAGUACAAGAUACCAAGCCCGUGAAUGAGGAAAUAAAUGACAAUAAAGCGGCUACUGCUGACGAACAACAGCCUUCGGACACCACGACAUCAUCAACAAUUUCUACGCAUGAGCGGAAGUCUGUACCUGUAAGGAAGUUCAACAAUCCUAUGAACACGUUCCCUCACACGCCAGACAUGUUCAAUAAUACUAUGAUGAUGCCGCCGGACAUGAAUUGGAUGAAUAUGAUGCGAGCUCCUUUUUUGAAUGCACCAUUUCCUACUUUUCCACCAGCUGGAAAUGACGGCUUUCGUCCACCUUUCAUGCCAGGUUUUCCCCCUGCUGCGCCUUUCAAUGCGGGCGGCAUGGGCGAUUUUGGCGCCCCACCUUUUCCAGGACUUCCAGGAGCGCCAGCACCGCCAGAAUUUUUUGGCUUCAAUAUGGGGUACAACAACGGCAACAUGAAUAACGGUACUCCUCGCGGUGGAUACUCACUGAGAGGUAUGGGUCGCGGACGAGGACGAGGAGGUAGUUUGUAUGGAAACCAGCCCUCUGGCAGACGUAAAUCAGAUAAUUCAUAUCAGAACAGCGGUAGUAAUAAUCAAGAAAAUGAGACGUACUUUGAUAAUAAUAACCCACCAUCGACGGAUGAUAAUAUGGAGAUGAACACUAGUCUGAAUGAAGGAUCAUCAGAUAUUGAUAACAAUAGUAUUAGGCGAGAUAGCAAUGCAUCUUAUGAAAGAAGAGAUUAUUCUUCUCCUUCUUCCCGUGCUCGCUCGCGUUCUUAUUCACCUUCACGUACAGCUCAUCGUGAAGAUAGUAGAAGUAGUAGACGGCAUGAGAGCAAUAGAAACUAUAGCGAUGGGGACCGCCAUAAGCAUGACAAUCAACAUCGUUCCACAAGCAAUCACUACAGAAGUAGCAGCCGCAGAAGAAAAUACGAAGAAGACAGCAGUAAAAGUCAUCGUGAACGCAAUGACAGUUCUAGCAGAUAUCAUCACGAUAAUGACAAAGAUAGUAGUAGGAGAUAUGCAGACAGCAGUCGUCGAAGGUAUCAUGGUGACAGUCGCAAACAUGACCAUGAUGAUAGAACUGACAGGAGAGAUAACAGUAGCAAAAGAUAUGAUGAUUCCAGCAGCAGGCGUGAUGGGAGUAGAAGCAGUAGGAGCAGUAGUAAAAGAUACGAAGACACACAUAGACAGCAUGAUAGUAGUAGGAGACGCGAAGAUAGCAGUCGAAGACAUGAUGAUGACAAGAAAUUUAGAGACAGCAGACAUCGAGAAAGUAAUAGGAGACAUGACAGUAGUAGUCGACGCGAAAGAAGUAGUCACCGCGAUGAUAGCAAGCGUAGACAUAGAGAUCGUAGUAGAUAAUGGAAUGCUGACUAUGACCUGAAGUUAUAAUUUCG